AUGGAGGAUGCUGUGUGUGAUACGCUGGAUAAGAUGAAGUUGACUACAGAAGAAGAAGAAACUAUAGCCAUCUCGGAUGACGGAAGAUUGGAAGCUAUUGAGAGUUGCAAUUUGAGUUUGAUAGGAAAAUUUCUUACAUGUAAGUCAUUCAACAAAGUUGCAGCGAAGAAUACGAUUCGGCGCGCGUGGGGAUUGAAUGACUCUAUGCAAAUCCUUGAAGUAGGGCCAAAUCUAUUCCAAUUCAAAUUUCAAUCUGAGUUUGAUUUGGAGAGGAUCAUGAGAGGAGGCCCUUGGUCCUUUGAUAAUCAGCUAUUAUUACUUCAGCGGUGGAAAAAGGGUAUGACGGUAGGAAAUAUUCGAUUCGAGUCAGCAUCGCUAUGGAUUCAAAUAUGGGAUGCACCUUUCGACAUGGUUUCACCUCAUGUAGCAAGGGAAGUGGGAAGCCGGCUGGGAAAGGUUGAGGAGGUGGAAGGGAGGAAACGGAAAGAUGAUAUAAGUAUGUUUAUGAGAGUUCGGGUUGCCCUUCCAAUUGCAAAACCUAUUCGACGGGGAGGGUUUAUUGCUGGUUCGGAUGGUGUUAAAACGUGGGUAUCUUUCAAGUAUGAGAGAUUACCCAUCUUUUGCCACUACUGUGGAAUCUUAGGCCAUGAUUUGAGGCACUGUGUAGGUCAUUAUGCAGUGGAGAAAAAGGGUGAAAGAGUUGAGUAUCAAUAUGGGGACUUUCUCAGAGCGAUAGGUGGUCGUUCUAAACCACUUUCUGCUAAAGCUUCAGGUCAGUCGGCAGACACAGAGGAGGUAACGGAUUUUGCAGCAGAGACGAGAUCGAAAGACGGUAUGCAGAAGGGUCCGAUGAGUACAACGGCGGCGGCGGUAAACUUGGAUGAUGAUAGAAACCCUAGUGCCGUUGAAAACCCUAGAAGAGUGUUUAAUGAUGAGGCCGUGAAUCCUGGAACAGUUGCUGAAAUCACGCUCAAUAAUAUUGAGCAGAUUCACUCCCAUGCAAACGUACACGGCGCUAAAGUAACUGCUGAAGCAACGGGUCAGAAAAAUAAAGAUAAGGGACAGGUCAGCAGGGAGGUAAAUGGAAUUGAUGAGCACGUGGGGGCUAGUUUCAAAUCCAAUGAGAACAACUUGGUGGAUGUUGUGAUCCAAACUCAAGGGCAGGGGCUCGACGCUUCUAUAUUAAGUCCGGGUAUGAAUGGGCCAGCUAAUGUCAAGCCCAAAGGUUCUUGGACCCGUGUGAAUAGAAUGGACUUUGGCUUGGGAGAUUUUAGCAAUACUCUUAUGCUACCUGGAUUGGGAAAGAGAGGGCCACGUGAAUACUAUGAAGAGCCGGCUGAGAAGCAGACUUUCAAACAUCCGGAUGCUGGGGGAGGAUUGGCUUUCUUGUGGAAGAAUGAUGUAGGAUUGGAGGUUAUUAACUUCACGGCUAACCAUGUAUUAGCUAAAGUAACUGAAGAAGAUGGCUUUGUUUGGUAUCUGACGGGAUUUUAUGGAUGGCCGAAUGCACAGCAAAAGGAAAAUUCAUGGAGAUUGUUAAAACACUUACAGACAUUUGUUGUGGGUCCAUGGGUGGUGAUUGGAGAUUUUAAUGCGUAUUUGCAUGCAUCUGAAAAGAUGAGUGCAAGACAACCGCAAUUUUCUCAGAUUGAAGCAUUUAGGGAGGCAUUGAGCUCUUGUCAACUGCAUGAUCUUGGCUUUAAGGGAUAUCCUUACACGUGGAGUAAUAAGAGGCCUGGAGAAGCUAAUACUAAGAUUCGGCUGGAUAGGGGGGUUGCCAAUAAAGAAUGGACUGACAGAUUUCAGAUGAGUAGAGUGGUGCACUUGUCAUCUCAUGCAUCUGAUCACCUUCCACUUUUACUGCAUGUUCAAUCCUUUUCACAACCAAGGCAGCACUGUGGGAGAAGUUUCAAGUUUGAGGAGUCAUGGCUGCUUCAGGAUGAAUGUGCAGCUGUUAUCCAGGAGGCUUGGGGGAAUGGAGAUGGGAAUAGGGAUGGAUUGGCUGCAGUACAAGAAAAAAUAAAGGCUUGUGGGGUGGAGCUUAUGGCUUGGGGUUCUUCAAUAACUGACCCGGAUACAGGAGCUAUUAAGGAAAUUCAGAAGCAACUGGACAGGUUGAAUGAGACUGAACUUACUGAAGCUUCUAAAGCUGAAUUUUUGAAUUUGAGCAAGAAGAUGGAUGACCUUCUGCAAAAGCAAGAAAUAUACUGGGCUCAGAGGUCUAGAAUAAAUUGGCUGAGACAUGGUGAUCGAAAUACAAAAUUUUUUCAUGCCAAAGCUUCACAAAGAAGAAGGAAAAAUUUUAUUAGAGGCAUCCGGAAUUCACAAGGGCAGUGGGUGGAGAAUUUGGAGGAGGUGGGACAGGUAGCUGCAGAUUACUUUGAUAAUCUGUUUCAGGCAGGUGCGGGGGAUCAGAUGGAGGAGUGUUUGGAUGCAGUGGACACUAAGGUGACUGAGGACAUGCGGGAAUUUUUGUCCAAUCAAUUUACUGCUGAAGAAGUGCAAGCGGCCUUAUUUCAGAUGGGACCAACAAAAGCUCCAGGACCUGAUGGUAUGAAUGCCCUUUUCUAUCAAAAAUUCUGGCAUAUUGUGGGUGAUUCUGUUGUUUCAGCUGUUUUGGAUUUUUUAAAUAAUGGUAAUAUGCUCCCUGAAAUUAAUCAUACAAAUAUUGUGCUUAUUCCUAAAGUACAAAACCCGGAGAGAAUGUCUGAAUUUAGGCCUAUAAGUUUAUGUAAUGUUAUUUACAAAAUUAUUUCCAAGGUGCUGGCAAACAGGUUGAAACAGGUACUGCCACAGAUAAUUUCAUCCACACAGAGUGCCUUUGUACCAGGGCGAUUGAUCACUGAUAAUGUAUUGGUGGCCUAUGAGACACUUCAUACGAUGCAUGCCAGGAAAAAAGGGAAAAAGGGUGAUGUGGCUUUGAAGCUUGAUAUUAGCAAGGCUUAUGAUCGGGUUGAGUGGCACUUCCUGCAAAGUAUUAUGGAGAAAAUGGGAUUUCCAGCUGGUUGGAUAGAGAGGGUGAUGAGCUGUGUCACAACUCCAUCCUUCUCUAUUUUGGUGAAUGGAAAACCUUAUGAGAUGAUUCAGCCAUCUAGAGGAAUUCGUCAGGGGGAUCCAAUAUCACCAUACUUAUUUCUUUUAUGUGCUGAAGGCCUUACUGCUUUGUUAAACAAAGCAGAAUUGAAUGGGAUGAUUACGGGAGUGUCUAUUUGUAGAGGUGCACCAAAGAUUACGAAUCUUAUGUUUGCAGAUGAUUCAUUACUGUUUUGUCAGGCUACUCGGGCUGAGGGAGAAACCAUAGCAGAAAUCCUCCAAAUUUAUGAGAGAGCUUCUGGGCAAAGUAUCAAUUUGGAAAAGUCUUCAGCUUAUUUCAGUACUAAUACUUCGGAAGGGCAGAAGGGACAGAUUUUGGAGAUUUUGGGAGUAAAGGAAGUGGACCGGUUUGUUAAAUAUUUGGGUCUACCAACUUUAAUUGGCCGGGCUAAGUAUAAUACCUUCUCUGAGUUGAAGGACAGAGUUUGGAAGAAACUCCAAGGUUGGAAAGGAAUGUUGCUGUCUAGGGCUGGCAAGGAAAUUCUCAUCAAAGCUGUGGCUCAAGCUAUACCCACAUACACUAUGAGUGUAUUCCAAAUCCCUUUGAAAUUAUGUUCUGAACUUGAAGCGUUGUGUGCAAGAUUUUGGUGGGGUCAAGUUGGCAAUGAACGAAAAAUUCAUUGGAAGAGUUGGGAUAAGUUAACGGCUCCAAAGAAAGAAGGGGGAAUGGGAUUUAGAGACUUGAGAGCCUUCAAUUUGGCUAUGUUGGCUAAGCAAGGGUGGAGGUUGGUCCAAGGGUUUGAUUCACUGCUAUAUCGAUGUUUUAAGGCAAGAUACUUUCCGAGAUCUUCAUUCCUAGAGGCUAAAGAAUCUCCUAAUUGUUCUUUUGUGUGGAGGAGUUUGAUGGCAGCACAACCAAUUCUUCAAGCAGGAUAUUGUUGGAGGGUUGGGAAUGGUUAUUCAAUCAAUGCUGUGAAGGAUAGAUGGUUGCCUAACUUCCCAACAAACAAAGUCCUCAAUUCGGUCCAGAGAGAUGGGAGUGAGAUGCUGGUGGCAGAGUUGAUUAACCCGGAAUUCAACAUCUGGAAUUAUGAGGAAAUCAGGGCAAUAUUUCAUAGGGAUGAAGCUGAAGCAAUUUGCCAAAUUCCUUUGAGUCGAAGACAUGUACCUGACUCUAUUUUCUGGCUGUAUGGUCCAAGGGGACUGUUUAGUGUUAAGUCCGCUUAUCAUGUAGCAAGGAGGAUCCUAACUGAUGCUAACCGAGGAGGAACAUCAAUGGGCGUUGUUGCAAAAAAUAUUUGGAGUGCCAUAUGGAAGCUUCGGCUCCCAAACAAAGUGAAAGUCUUUGCAUGGAGAGCUUGCCACGAGAUACUCCCAACUGCUGUGAACCUGACCACAAGGAAGAUUAUUCAUGAUGAUAAAUGCUCGAUUUGUACAAGGGAAUCGGAAUCCACUGUUCAUGCCCUAUGGGAUUGUGCUGCGGUCCAAGACAUAUGGACUGGUAGUUCUAGAAAGUUGCAGAAAACUAGACAUGGCCAGGCGGACAUGGUGCAAUUGAUGGAGGAGCUGCUGGAGCGCCUGAAUCAAGAUGAGCUUGACUUAUUUUGGACCCAAGCUUGGCUCGUGUGGUGUCAACGUAACAGCUUGCUGCAUGGUGGUCGACUGAAGGUUCCAAGCAGUUUAAAUCUUCGGGCUGAAGAGUAUAUCACAGAAUUUAGAAAUGCGCAAAACCGGCUAGAUGUGCAACGAACACAGCAAUCAAUCAGUGAUAUUUGGCAGCCACCGCCACCAGGAGAAUUUAAACUGAACUUUGAUGCUGCUGUGUUUUCUGACUUAGGAAGAACAGGGUAUGGUGCAAUUAUUAGAAAUGAGAAAGGGGAAGUAAUGGCUGCUAUGUCUGCUAGCGGUCCAAUGGUGCGCAACAGUGAUGAAGCUGAAUUUCUUGCUUGCCGAAAAGCUUUAGAGUUUGGAGUGGAUGCUGGAUUUUCGAGGUUGAUAGUUGAAGGGGACAAUAUCAAUGUUACUCAUGCUAUCUCUUCUUCUUUGGUUAACGCUUCUCCAUUUGGCUAUGUUUUGGAUGAUAUUUGUCAUUUGUUAAGGAGCUUGCAACGGGUUAGUGUUGGCUGUACUAGGAGGGGUGGAAAUCAAGUAGCACAUGUUUUGGCCCAAUAUGCCAGAAAUUCUUUAGAGGAGGAUGUUUACUGGAUGGAGGACUCUCCCCCACCAGCAGUUGAAGCCUUGUAUUGUGAUUUUUCUCUUCUUUAA